AUGACAUCUACCUCAGAGCCAACCACUUCACAAGCUCCCGAGCAUCUGAAUAGCACUGGAUGCGUCAUAAAAUCGACCCCAGAUAAAGGAAGAGGUGUAUAUGCGGGCCGCUUAAUACCUAGAAGCACAGUCGUAGAAAUCAGCCCAAUAUUGCUUUUCAGUAAGGAGGAAUACGAGAAUCAUGGAAAGCAUACCGUGCUUGAUCACUAUACUUUUGUCUGGACGGAUGGACGGAUGGCACUGGCCUUAGGACUUGGCUCGCUUUUCAAUCAUUCGAGUUCUCCAAACGUCUCUUACUCUCUCGACACCAAAACUGAUUCGAUCCACUAUACCACCGUCCGAGAUGUGGAAGCAGGCGAAGAGCUCUGCAUUUUCUAUGGACACAAGCUGUGGUUCUCUCCAGCCGAUAGCAACUACACCCAGAUAGAGGGACCAGAAGUUGAAGAUGGCUGGGGUGGACUGGUAGCUGUCGAGCACGAUGUCCAGAUAACCAACCCCUACGAAGAAGGCGAUCAGGCAGAGAUUAUACCGGAAAACGAACUACCCUUCGUGCGCCUUAAGCCACCACCAGAUGAGGAGGACCCUGAGUCAAUAAGAACAAUUCAGGCAUGGGUUGUGGACGUUCCAGAUCCACGGCAUAUAACGACUCUUCUGAAGUGGUUAAAGCAAGUUGGACUCGAUGGCCCCGAACUCGGUCAUCUCAAACGAAUUAGAAAGGCGAGAGAUACCACGAGCCUUCUAUUGGGCACCACCCCGGAGCUUCCUCCCCUUCCUGCUAAUCUCGACCUGCCUGCUCCAUACAAGCUCCCGGUUCCAGCUUCCUCUGCUCUCACUAUGCCUUCUCUCGACCUUAAAUCGGCCCUUUGGCCCACCAUGUAUACUCCGAAGAGAAAAGAUGAACCAGAACCAUGGACAAGAGGCAAAUUGAGAUGGGCAUGGGAUGUCAUGAAAAGGACGGUCGAUGCAGCUAUUACGGCGCAGAGGGAGUCCGACGAGUUCCCUAUUGCUGCACAUAUCCCUGCACCGCACGAACCAUCAGGCGCCAAAGGUAUAUCUUUUGUCUCUUGCGAUACUCGCAAGACUACCAAGCACCCGCUUCGACACGCAGCCAUUAACGUAGUCCGCCAAUUAGCUGACUACCGUGCCUCUCAAGGUACAGGCUCGGCGCUGCCACCUUUUGGAGCUUCUCAGGAGGCUCCUCUUGAAGCAGGAGAGGUUCGAAAUGGCUCCAACUAUCUGCUGACGGAUCGCCACCUGUUUAUCACUCAUGAACCAUGCGUUAUGUGCAGCAUGGCACUUCUCCAUUCAAGGGUGAAGGAGGUCGUGUAUUUGUAUCGCAUGCCUCAGACCGGAGGGUGUGGCGGAUGUACAUGCUUGCCGACACUGAAAGGUGUAAAUCACCGCUUCGCAAUCCUACAAUGGAAGGCAGAUGCGAAGUACGGAAUUUUCUCGUUAAGCCCUUUAGAUCUGAAUUCCACGGUAGAUGCAUGA